AUGGAUGAAGUGGAAUUGAAAAGGAAAAAGAAGGUGAGGUUUCCAAAGGGAAAGAAGGUGAAACCUAGAGAAAAAGUGGUGAUACCUGUAAAUGUUCCCCAAGUUGCUGAAGAUGAACCUACUGAGCUGAAAGAUACCCAUCUAGUUGUCAAAGCUCGGUCAAAAAGACAGAAUCAAGAUAAAAUUGGACUCAUUAAUGAAGAAAAUGGAUAUCUUCUGGAUUUUGUAGCUGUUGCUGAAAUGCAUUGUAGGGAGAAUAAGACACUAGAAGAUGAUAAAACAAGAAACUAUAAUGGAAUUCAGCUUGAAGGGAGCUUUAAUAGAAAGGAAAAGAUGUAUAUCAUGAAAAGCAGGAGGUCUUUCAGAGGGAAGCACAGUCUUGAUGUUUGUGGUUUGCCAUUUCUACAAGUGUCUGUAAAACAGAGGGGAACUAAAAAGGAUAAAGAGGUUAAGUAUUUGAGUGUGUUGAGAGCAUCAUUGGUGUCAAGGAAGGAAAAUGUUUCCACUAAUCUCAGUUAUUGGAAAGUUUCUGCUUUCUCAGAAGUUGAGAAACUAGGGCAAGCAAGUCCAACUCCUGCUAGUCUUCCUAUCAAGAAAGAUGUUGCAAAGAUCAUGUCAAAUCUUAGGAAUAAUUUAUACACUAUUCUUGCACAUGUUCCUUUUCUGGUCGAAUUAACUGAUAAUUCAGAGAAAUUGAAGCUUAGGUCUGAAAUUAACCGAUUAACUAAAAAUUCAGAGAAAUUGAAGCUUCAAAAUGCUGAAUUAAUGAUAAGACUAAAUAUAUACCUUUAUUAUGUUGUUAUUACGAAUCUUGAGGGCGGUUUAGUAACAGAACUUGAGGUAAAGAAAUUGCCAGAUCCACCAGGGGAUAAUCUUGUCAAACAUUUUCCUUAA